GAUAAACAAGGAGACUGGUACAGAGAAAAGAGAGAAAACGGUUAUUUCUGCACCUGUAUCUAAGCCUAAACAGUUAUACAGUUAUAUGGUGUUGUUAAAUAGUGUACAAGAGUGAAACCACGUAUUUGAUAGCGUUAUAGCCGAGAACGCAUUACCGCAAUAUUGUGUCCCGUGCUUGCCAAUCGUAUGUUCAUCUGCAACAUUUGAAGUGCGUUCUAAUCGUUUGUCCGUUCGUCGGUUGCUCAUUGAUUCGUUUAUCCAUACCCGCGGUAGUUUAUUCGUUUCAUUCCAUUUGAUCGUUUACGUGUAUCGUGCUUCUGGAUUCUGUGCCCUUCACGUAUACAAUGUACAUAUUUAACCAUGUUCUAAGGAUUAUUAAAAAUAUCAUGUUUACGUAGUGGUUUAUGGUGCCGAAGUUACCGACCGAGUGUUAUUCUGCAAUUUUCCUGUGCUACGAUUGCUGUGUCUGGCUGCCUGCGUAUUUAGACCGUGUGGAUCGUGCUUCUUUCGCUUCUCAAUGAUUUUAAAGGUGUUGCCUCAACGAACCCAUUGUGUUCUAGUGAUAUAUCGUGUGAUUUCUGCGCCGGGUAGCAAAAAUGGUAUUAAUAAUGCUGUCCGGAACAACGUGAGCAUACUGGAGAGUAUUCAACAUCCUGAAAUAGCGAAUCUAAUAAUAGGCGAUAUCUUAUUCCGACCACUUUUCGUAUGAACUUGAAGAUAACAACGCAGCGUGUGAUUAAUUUAAAAAAAAGAGAGAAUCGAACACUGCCGAGCUACUGCCGUUGCUGCCACCGCUGUUACAAAGACACAAGAACGAAGAGUGGUGGGCUGAUCAUGAAACAUCUGAACGCAUGAAGUGGUCGUGUGAAAGUUUUGAGAGCCAUGGUUACACGUUGAAAAGAGAAAGACGCACGACUAAACACACAUCUGACGACGUUGAGCAUACGUUAUUGGUGGACGGAUGGAAACGAAACGUAGGAAAUAAAAAAGGAGAAAUAGUGACUGAAGAGCAGUGAAAGAUAAAAAUCGAACGAUAUUAAAAAAAAAAAACUUGUAAAGCAGAACGUUGAGAUUCGGUUAUUUUUUUUUCGUACGGUAGUCAAGUUGAAUGUGCGCGUGUGAGUACGUGUGAUUACGUGUACGCGUGAAAACCGCGCGCGUGUAUCUGUUUCUCGUUCUGCCAUAUUGAAAGUCAUCCAAUAUUCUUUUCCCUUAGAGGCGCUGGCUCACGUGCGCGGGAAACGUGCACAGUGCGUGCAUCGUACACGCACUGUGCUAGGUUACCAGCGAAGAAACGUCGUCGCUUCAGAACUGCGAAAUAACGGUUCAUCGACAGCGCGAUAGAACCGCGAUGAAAGCGGGUCUGUCGAUAACAUUACAACACUGUGGAAGCGAUAACGAAUAUCGUAGCAGUAACGACAGUAGCGGUAGCGGUAAUAGCAUCAGCAACAGUAGUAGCAGCGACAACAACAUCGAUAUACAAGUUGCUACUGGCAACAACAGCGGAAAUGAUAGUGUUUUUAACGGCAACGAGAAACCGGGAGUGGAAUACAGUGUUCGCGUUCAGUGUAGUAAGCCACGUGGCAGUGAUGAGAUUCUCGAGCGGUUGCAUUUCUACGAGAUAUAUCCGCACUGAUUCCGAGUGUUAGUAGAGAAAGAGAAAGCAGGAGACAGAGAAAUAGUAGCCAAGACUCUCGUGGAGAGCGGGGCACUGAAAGAUAUGCGGACCUUUGUGCGAACAGCUGAACCGGAAGUUGUGAGAACAAGUGGAGUGCAACGCGCUCCGCCCAAUCGGUGAUAGGGUCAGUCGGUUAAAAGAAGACAAAAUUGGCGUUCGCAGCGACGGCAACGCGGCAUCUUUCGCGAUCACCUUUUCACCCCUCCCUUUUUUCCUAUUUGAUUUAGUUCCACCUCGAUUUUCUCCUUUUCGAGCUAAAACAAUCAGAUCGUUUAUUUUCUAUCAUUCUUUUUUUUGCCCUUUAUUUCGAUUAAAUGUUCAUAAUGAGUAGUAAACGGUGACACGCAAUUAAAAAACGUCGGCGAAAGGAUAAUGCAAACGAGAAUUCGUCACGUAAAAGCCGCGUCGCGUUACUCCACACUAAUGAAGAAAUCGUCGCUGGAGCAACAACAUAAGAAAGGAAUUUCGAAAGUCGAUUAAAUUGUGUUUUACGAGUGUACUACGAUACCUAAGUUGUGUGGAACGCAUGAAAGUGUACGUAAUAAACAAAGAAGAAAGAGAGUUAAACGAAAACGACAGGAACAAGGAGUAACAACGAAAUGAAGAAAAGGCAGUGAGUGAAUUAAGAAGGGAAAUGAUAAAGAAGAAGAAAUAUUAGUAAAAGAAAAACCUGUGAGAAGCAAAGUUCGCAACAUACAGUAAUGUUGUGGAGUAGCGUGUUCUGCGAAAGUUUUUAAAAUCGAUAUAGAAUUUAUAAAUAGAUCGGCUGGUAUAGUCACAUAUGUGGACCCGUGCGUAUGUGUGCGUGAUCGCGCGCCCACAUGUACGUGAUUUUCACUCGGGAGUGAAGCGGUAAAUUAUUCAAGCCAAGAUCGACUAUUCGCGGAGAAAAUUCAAGAUUCGGCUUACCUUCUACAGCUGACGUCAUUACCGUACACAAUGCGCUAGGGGUGAUGGAGACAGUGGGCAAGCAAGUCCAGGUAGUGAGCGGACUGGGGGUGGGGGGUCCGGUGGGCCCUGUGGGUCCAGUGGGGGGAGAUUUGCAUCACCAUCAUCAUCCUCACCCCCACUCUCAUCCUCCACACCCACACGCCCACCCCCACGGUCAUCCUCAUGGGACCCAUGGCCACUCACUGGUCGGCGUAACGUCGACCCCUGGCAGGGGUCAGACGCAACCACCGGUCUCGCAUAACCAGCAUUUACCCGCGAGAUCUACUCCAGUACAGCUGCACAGGCCAACACAGAAUUACGUAAACAUCAAGAGCAGCAGUCCGGUGUCUCCGCGAACGGUAGGAGCAGCGGUUACGUAUGUCCAGGGUGGUGCAGCCGCAUCUUCAGCGGCGGCAGCAGCGGGGACAGUUGGAAGUGGAACUGCUGGAGGUCCUUCAAUCGGCGGAGGCGGUGGCGGUAGCGGCGGCGGUGGCGGCGGUGUUGGUGUUGGUGUUAGCAACGCGAGUGGCGCAAACAGCGGAACCGGAGUCGUUGGGGCUGGAGCUGGUGCUGCUGGUGCUGUAGGGAACGUAGCUGCAGCCGGAAGUGGAAAUAGCAGCGGUACCAGUAACAGUGCCGCCGGUGCAGGGAGUAAUAGUGGCGGGAACAGUGGUACAGUGGGUGGCGCACCAGGAGGUUACGUUGCUGUACCCAUGGCCGGUGGUUUACGAUACAUUCAUCCGUAUCCACCGACACCGACAUCGGCGUCGGUGCCAGCUGUAGCAACGGUCGUCACAUCGGCUUCGUCGGCACCGACUCCAGUACCAGUUCCACCACCUGCGACCGCACCUGCGAAUCCACCUACAGUCAGUCAAACGCCACCACCAUCGCUUUCGGGAACUGCUUAUACCGCCAGAGAUGCAUAUCGCAGCGCCACCACCAAUGUGAACGAAAGGAUCGCUAUUAGCGUGAGCAGUAGUCCUUUAUCGCAAAUAGGAGUCGGUGUUGGAGUAGUUACAGCCGAAUAUGCGGCGAAUAGCGGUAUAAGUAGUGCCAUGGCUGGUGGAAGGGGGGAUAGACCGAGGAUAUCUCUUUUACCACCUGCUUCGGUGACGCCGACACCUUCGCCGACAGCGCCAGAUUAUCAGCACGUGUCCAGUGCAAGAAAUUCACGAAUAGGCCUGAUGCCCGUCCAACCGGAUCAGUAUUGCAGUCGUACGGCCGUUGAGAUGGCCAACCUGCAGGAGGCGCCGCCCUUCAAAAAAAUACGCCUGGUUCAACCAACCCAAGUUCAAUCACAGUCCCAGUCGCAAUCUCGCUGUCAGAGUUUGUCACCUGCUGACCCCUGUGGAAAACAAGAGCACGUGGUGCAGUUGCAGCAACCACUUAGGAUAGACACUAGGCCGACUACAGGAGUGUACACGCCGCAAACAGAAGCGAUAUCACCGACGCUUCCGGAACCGAAUACACAGGAAGAUGCGCAGUUUAGAAGCACGAAGGAUGAUCUUUUGCAACAGAUCGCCAAGGUUGACAGAGAGAUUGCAAAAAGGGAGUCGCAGAUAAAUAAACUUAGGAAAAAGUUGAAAGAAUUAGAAGAAGCAGCGAAUAAACCUCUAGAAGCUAGUGGGCUUAAACGUCAAGUUGAAGAACAAUCUCAGCAACCAAAGCAUCAGUCUCUGGCACAAAAAAUUUAUGCUGAAAAUAGGAGGAAAGCAGAAGAAGCUCAUCGACUCCUAGAGAGGCUGGGUCCAAAAGUGGAAUUACCUUUAUACAAUCAGCCGUCAGAUACAAGUGUGUAUCAGGAAAAUCGUACAAAACAUCAAACGUGUAUGAGAGCAAGGCUUAUAGCGAGGCUUCGACGUGAACAUGCAGAACGUGCAUCUCUUCAUCGACAACAGUCACAAACGUACGCUAUUUUGGUACAGGAGUGGCAUCGUAAAGUAGAGCGGUUAGAAGCAACGCAGAAAAGGAAAUCGAAAGAGGCGAGAAAUCGCGAAUUUUUCGAAAAAGUAUUUCCAGAAUUACGAAAACAAAGGGAGGACAAAGAACGUUUUAAUAGAGUUGGUGCUCGAAUUAAAAGUGAAGCUGAUCUAGAGGAAAUUAUGGACGGCCUUCAAGAGCAAGAGAUGGAAGAUAAGAAGAUGCGGUCGUACGCAGUGAUACCUCCUUUAUUGCUGGAUACAAAGCAAAGGCGAAUCGCGUUUCAAAAUCGGAAUGGUCUUCUUCAGCCAGAAGAAUUAGAGGCUCUUCACAGCGAACGAAAAUUAAUUAAUGUAUGGAGUUCUGUGGAGCAUGAAUUGUUCAAAGAAAAAUAUUUGCAACAUCCUAAGAAUUUUGGAACGAUAGCUCAAUCUUUAGAACAUAAGUCCGUUCCAGAUUGUGUGCAUCAUUACUACCUCACUAAAAAAGCAGAAAAUUAUAAGCAGCUCUUGCGAAAAUCGCGGCAACGAACACGUAGCUCUCGGAAUAAUCCUAAUAAUAAAGUAAAUAAUACUAGUUCAAGUAUUGGACCUAUAGACAUAUUAACUACGGGUGUUACGACGAGGUUGCAACGUGAGCAGCAACAAAAAACACAAGAGAAUCCUCAAACUAAUUCGACAGCAACAACAACCACGACGACCACGACGACGACUACAACUACGUCUAGUGUGUCUACAUCCGCUGCAACAACGAUAGUGACUACUGCAGCUACUUCUUUGAGUACAGCAACGUCGAGUAUAUGUAUAAGUACAGAAUCUGUAAUAGCAUCAACAACAGCUACAACGACAUCUGUACCGAGUACCACGACAUCAUGCGUUACGACAUCGUCGUCGACGACAACAAGUGCGAAGGACAAUAGGGAAACUAACAAAGAAAAUAAAGAAAGUAAACUGGAAACUAAGGAACCACACCUUGUCAAAGUGGAAGUGAAAGAAGAAUCACAGUGGGUGAAUUCGGAUACAGUGCCGGGAAAGGACGUUAAAGUAAUAAUCGACGGGAAAAGCACGUUGUCGUCGUCGUCAUCGUCGUUGAACAACAACGCGACGAACGCCUCGACGAUUCAGUCAGAUUUCAAAGAUUCUAACAAAAAGAAACCGGGUUGCAGGGAAGCAAACAGCGGCGGAUCCGGCAGCGUUGGAAACGCGAGUCGAAUCAAGGAGAAGAAAAAGGAUAAUCAUGCCACCCCUAUGGAAACCAGCGACGAGGAAGCUCAAUCGAUGGACACCAUCGAAAGCGGCAGGCAGAUUGGUCCUCACGCCUGUACAGUUUGCCAAAACAUUGUUGAGGGAAACACACAGAGUAGAGCUUUGCCACGGAGUCAGGCGUCUCAGUACGGCUUACGAGAGGAUCAAGUGACACCUGGUGCACGCGUGUGCAACACCUGUAGGUGCAAAGCCGUAAGAGGACGAUACACGGCGUGUCCGCUGUUAGGAUGUCCGAACUUGAACAAUACCAGCUCGAAAACGAGAGUGAAAAGGCUGCGUGCACUGCCCGCGAAAUGGCUUGAUCUACCAGCUGAAGUUCGCGAUCCUAUUAUACAGGAAUUUCAAAUACCAAACAACGCGACAAAAUGUUGUUCAGCCUGCUUCAAUCGAAUAUCCCGUCGAUUGGCACCGCACCUAACCGGUGGUACCGAAGUGCCCGAAGACUCGGCCGAUUCCUUGGCUCGACAGUGGACAGACGAGGAGCUAGAACAGCUCAGAACAGCCCUCCGAGAGCACGGUACAAACUGGGUAAAGGUGGCUGAACAAGUACCUGGAAAGACGAAUCAUCAAUGCAAAAACUACUACUUCGCUUAUCGGAAGAAAUUGAGCCUAGAUCAGGUGGUUGCAGAAUAUUAUCAAUCCUUGGGCGAAGAGAGAAGACCUUGUUUAACGGAUGAAGAAGAAAGUGGCAGCAGUACAAGUAGCUGCGACGAACUUGCGGUACACGACUCAAGCGAUACAGCCAGUGCAGGUAGUCCAGCUAACAAUCUAUCAAGUGGUACACCAGGGACACCAGGUGCUUCUGCAUCCUCUAAUUUGCCGAUGUCCUUUUCACGAUCAGCAGACCAAAAGCUUGGCGAUAAGCUAGCAGAUAUCGCUGUAGUAUCUUUAGUUCCACCGGUGAGCAUAGGUUCAUCACAACAGUCUUCCACCAGCGGAGGUAGCAACGCUGCUUCGGCUGGCACUAGAGAAGAUUAUGAUAGUUCUGCCACGGAGACGGCGGACGAAGGUCAGGGCAGUACCGAUUUAGAAAAUAGUAGCGUCGUUGUGACUCUGACAACUGCCAGUAACAACGCUACACCACUGCAACAACACCAGCAGACUCAUCAACAGGUUCCACCACCUUCUCACUCGCCACCUUCAACAACGAACAACUCUAAUCCUCUAACCGUUAAAGAUCUGAUGCUUGGUGUCAUUGAAAUGCAAUUGAAAUGCAAUCCUAAUAGUCCAGCUGGUACUAGUGGAUCAUCAGUACCAGUCAAUUCUGGAACACCAACGAUAUCUAGUAUAUUGAGGACGGAUCAUCGAAAUGACAUUACUUUUGUACGCGAAUAUAAACCGUCGUCCACUAUGGCAAAUACUAAUAUGCCGAGGGACUCGAAUUUGGCAACUUUGUCGGUGGUAUCGGGUCCUCAUCAUGGACAUCGUUCUGCUCCUAGUCCUCAACAAAUUGGUCAAAUACAAGCAACAAUUACUCCCUGUCCACCUGCGCCAUCGAGCAGCCAAUCUUCAACUUCGGAUAUCCUUCCGAAAGAGGGAUUAGUUGUAAUGCAAGUGCAACAAGCGCUUCGGGAAACCGAAGGAACGCUGGACUUGAGUAUCAAAAAGCCACGGCAACAAGAAUACAAUCAUUCCUUACAAACGCUUCAUAAACCACCGACAGUGACUCUUUAUCGGCCAGAACCUCCCCCUGGUGCUUACUACCAUCCACAUCCUCAUCCUGAACAAGGACGUGGUGCAAAGAGUCCUCUGGUGUACGCAUCUUCGCCACGACCUCAAGCACCUCUUACGCCUAAAAUGAACAAAGUUGCCGUACCUCCACCUCAUCCAAAAUUAUCUCCCAAGUUAAGUGCUAUGGGAACAACGGGUCAUAAGAGCGGCUCCAUCACGCACGGUACACCUGUUUCUAGUGCGCGUUACGAGGGUCUACUCAGACAGAUGACACCUCCAGGAAAUCCUGGUAGUGUCGCUGGUACUCCAAGCGUUACGAGUGGUCCCAGUGCUGUUAAUGCUCCUAGCAAUCAAGGACCUAAGGAGACGGGAUCUAUUACUCAAGGAACUCCAGUUCAUCCUUUCGCGGUGGACAAACGUGCGCCGAUGUAUGACUAUCAUAGAACUAUUAGACAUUCGCCUGUGACAACGGGCAGCAUUCCUGGACAAGGACAAAGUCAAGCAGGAACAGCAGCAGUGGUCGUAACUCACAGCAACCAAUACAACUCUUACUCGAGUCGACCACCGCCUAGUUACACGAUGGAACAACAAUUGUCCUCGAGACAGAUCAUUAUGAACGAUUAUAUAACCAGUCAACAGAUGCAUGCGCGUAGUCGAAGUGGUGGUGCGUCUGAAAGUAGCAAUAAGAACGAGGUACCGUCGACGUUGUAUUAUACAAGCACUCCUCCGCCCCAAACGCAUACACCAUCUCGACAAGGAGUUAUACAGAGGCAUAAUCCACAAAAACAGAUGCAUUAUCCACCUCCGCCACCAGGAUUGGAAGCAUUUUCCAGUUUAGUAGAUGUCGCUGUGCAACAACCAAGUCUUCCAGUUCCUCAUCCACAUAGUCAUCCUGCCUCUGGAAGCAGUAGUCACGAAGGCCUUGGUAAGACAAUGGCGGACAGACUAUUGGCUGAUCGUUACGGAGACAAGCAUCGUCUAGCCAUACAUCAAGAUCACAGAAUGGCUGUGGCUCAUCAUCAUCAGCGAGACAGGGAAAGAGAACGUGAUCUGGUUCACUUGCGUGAGAAAGAAGAAUAUAGAUUGCAACGAGAGAAAGAAAUUCAGCAGCAAGAGCAUCGAUUAGUUCAGCAAAGAGAAAAGGACGUGCAACAUGCUGAUCAUAGAUUGUCGAUACAGCAAAGAGAGAAAGAUAUGCAACAUCCUGAUCAUCGUCUUACCGUCCAUCAACAAAGAGAAAAAGAAAUUCAUCAGCAAAUGGCAGUAGCAGCUGCCCAACGAGAAAAGGAACAUCAAGAGCAUCGUUUUUCUGUGCAGCAAAGAGAAAGAGAUUUGGCGCACUUGCAACAGCAACAACAGCAACAACAACAUAUUCAACAGCAUAUUCAACAACAACAAAGAAUGGAAGCUGAAAGAAGACACAUGGCUCAGUUGUACAGAGAUCAACAACAACAAUUGGAUAGGGAUAAUAGGUUAAUAAGUACCGGAUUUACUCAAUCCAGACUUCAACAACCACAACAGUCGCAACAGCAGCAGCAACAACAACAAUCGUCCUCUAGGCAAAGUCAGUCCUCCAAUCAACAGCAGAACGAAACUGCGUCUACUUUAACCGCCGCCAGCUUGAUAGAUGCUAUUAUAACACAUCAAAUUAAUCAAAGUGUUGAAAAUACUGGUGGAAAUUCUCAACCACAGCGACCUGGUGAUCGUCUUUUCCAGGGAUUCCACAGAGAAGCUCCAAUAGAACCUAAUGGUAUGGCCCAUAGUCCUGCUGGCGAAGGAAAUGGAGGAAACAGCGGAGCAGGAAGUGCGAGUGGAAACGGGAACGGAAACAAACCAAUUACUCUUGGAGAACACGUUGAUCAUAUUGUUUCCAAAGAUUAUGGACCUCCACAUUCCUCGUAUAGAUCAUAUAGCGGGUAUCAAAUGUCGGAAGAUCAAUGGAAGAGACGGAAAGCCAAUGAAGCCGAUUCCGUUAAAGCUGGAGACGAGCGUCAGAUAAUUCGUGUAACGCAGCAACAGUCGCAGCAGCAGCAACAGCAGCAACAACAACAACAGCAGCAGCAGCAGCAGCAACAACAACAGCAACAGUUCCAUUCGGUAGAGCCCGUCUCGCCUCCAGAAGCGGGUACUAAUCAUUACGGUCGUCGCCUCUACGAAACAACCACUGCCACAUCAACUUCCGGAACUCCUUCCAACAAGCCGCAUCUUUCACCGCUGGAUUACGUUAAGAAUAAGAUCGUUGAAGUGAUGCGUACAUCCGAGGACGAUAAAGGUGGAAAUACGGGUGAUAGAAAUGGAGGAAACGUGACAAGUGGGGAAAAAGACGAGAAAAUAGGGGGAAAUGUAGAGAGUCCUUCGAGCGGAGAAAUGAUGGUAGAUGAGACACCAAAUCAAACUCCGCAACCACCCGCACCAGCACCCACAACCACCUUCUAUCCGUUUAGUGCGUUAGGCGUGCAUACUGGUCCACCGCCAGCACCACCACCUCCAACAUCGGGAUCUGCUUCUGUGGCUAAAUCCGAACAAAUGCAAGCUGAACCGGCACCGUUGCUUUCCGCGCAGUAUGAACCACUUUCUGACGAGGAUUGAUAGUCUAAUAAUUUAACCGCGUACAGAUUAACACGCUGUGACAAGGUUCUUAGGCUAUUUAUGCGAUUUGUUUACGCCCGACGAAAGUCUCAUUCAGACUAAGAUUCUAACGAUUGAACGUUUCAUGAUUACCAAUAUUUUCGGGCGUCAGCCACCACGUUCUUACCGGUCGUCGAAAUUUUCUUACAUGAUGAAUCGAAGGUAUUCUCUGUUAUCUUUCAGUUUCAUCUUUCUUUUUCCUUUUUUUACACGAACUUUAUCGUAUUCCGAAAUGGAGAUUAUAGUACGAUGUUUUAAAUAGAGUUUAUUAUUUUAUACGGAUUUCAUCAUUGUAUUUUUAGUCGAAGAUCAUUUCCGUACUACGUGUAAAGUAGCCGUUUUACCGAAGCAUUAUUUUAAAUGCUAGUUCAGUGCAUGGAAACACCUUCGUUCGAACGUAACAAUAGCGUAAUUUUAAUUGAUAAUUAAUAUUUUUUUACGUAUUACUUAUUCCCGCGCUAAGAUGUACUAAAGUUGUGUAUAAUUAUCAGCUAGAUUAAAUAUAAAUAUUUCUGUUUUCACCGCCAUUUUUUUUAAGAAGACGCUUUUUAGAUACUGUUUGUUUCUAACUUAUCGUUGAUAAAGGCACGAAGAACUUUUUAAUUUUAAAACGACAUAGAACGAUCUGUACAGACUAUAGGUGUAAAAUUAUAAAAACUUUCUGUACGACGUUGUGUACGUGUCGUCGUGAUAUUUAAUUUUUUUAAUGUAUUUGAAACAAUAGGAAUCAACACAGUGAAACUUGUUGAUGAAUGAAAUAAUUGUUUUCCCGUACUUUUAAUGUAUUAAAUACUCUAAACACGUUAACAGUCUCUUUUCAGACGAAUAUCGUUUUGCGUUCUUUGUUAUUACACAGUGUACAUACAUCGUACGUAAGUUCUUAAUCUUUUUUCGGAGCAACAAAAUCCUUUCGAUCAUCCGUUUGGGCCGACGGCCCAAAGCAUUAUUUAUAGAUCGACCUGUGGAACGUCCAGGCUAGCCCAAGUUCACAAUGGAGACGCUUUUUUUGUACAUAAUGAAUGAUAUAUAAUCGUUAAACGAUGAUACAACGCUAAAGCAUACGUGUUUUUAUUUGGAAUGAGUCUGUGAUGUGUCUGGAAUUAAAUAGCUUCAACUGUUAUAUACCAGUGCGAAAAAAGUUAGCCAAUUCGAAGAAGAGUUUACGUCAGAUGUGUAAGACAUAUUGAACGCAUUUUCGCACACACGGACAGUGCAUUAUCGUCUUACGUGAGAAUCACUUUAAAUGUUCUCUCUUUGGUGAAGUGGGUUUUAAAACAAAAAAAAGUGUAAUUCUAAGUGUUGUACAUAGUACACAAUAUUAAUUUCUAAGUUGAACAAGUAGGUAUAUGAUCGCUAGUUUAUCGUAUGCUAUUGUAAGAGUCUAGAUUUUAGUGUAAGUAACGUAGCUAGCAUUUAGGGAUUUAGACGCCAUGAACUGACUAGGGAAUACUUCCCAACCUACGUUCUCUUAUUAAUAAAAGAAUAUAUGCAGGCGAUUAAAAGAAAACUGAUGGAAUAUCAUCCGUCAAGCGAAUGGAUGUGAAUUUAUUUUAUUUGAUUGGAAUUUAAAGAAAACCCGAAUGUACGCUCUGACUAUCAAAAAAUACAUUACGCAGUUACACGUUACAACACGUCAAGCAUUGGUAAACAUAUUGUGUACACCUCAAGAAUUUUUAUAUAGCCUAAUUUUAUACAGAGUAUCCCAAAAAAGCUUGAACAACCUGAGAACUGUAGAUUUACUGCAUCGAAAAGGUCUUUAUAAGUUCUUUGCGAUUUAACAAUCUACAGUUUUAUUUCUCAAACGUAAGUGACUAAAAAUUGACUUUUAAAUGGCAGGCAACUAAUUGGACCACUGAUGGUACAUUGUCUGAAGCCAGUACUCGCACAAGGGAGAGACAAAAAGACAGAGAAGAGACAAAGGAGAGAAGGAGGAGGAUACUCAAUUUUCAGUCGCAUAUAUUCGAAAACGCAAUGACAUAAUAAUGGUAAAAGUCUGUUCCAAUCUAUUUUGGUAUGGGAAAAUGUACAAUUUUCAGGUUAUACAACCUUUUUAGGACACCCUGUACUUGUAUGCAAAUGAAGUGCAACCAUAUGCGGUCUGCCCCUCCAUUUAGUCAUGCAACAGUUAAAACGAGCCUGAGUCCCUCAACAUAUGAGCUGCUUUUUAUUGCUACACCAUAAAUCGCUUCUACCAAAACGUUAUGAGUUACAUACAGAGUGUUUUAAAGUUAAACGAUCAAAUUUCACUAGUAUAUUUUACAAAAGUAGAAAUAGGAAAAUAUGUUAAAUACUUGUAGGUUUACAAAUGCUUUAUUAUCAAAAAAACAUUCAUUCAUUGCUCGAUUAAUCACUUCUAUUAGUUCUUGCCGUGAAUAGACGUUUACUGCACAUUAAGCUCUCUAAUAUAAGUUUGUUUUUUAAAUCUAAUUAGUUUAAAUCGAAGUUUUUCUGAAAGUCUAAUGAUAUAAAAUUUGAACAUUCAGCGGGCUAGGUUUGUGUAACCAUUCUUCAAUCGCACCUCAAAAUGCAGCAUUUAGAAAUGUCUACAUUUUUAAAUUUCCAUUCUUGAAUUCUAAAUUUCCUAGUUUCCAAAUACCUCAAUUUAUAAAACCAUAAAGUUUCAAAUUAUUUCAGCGUUGACAUGUUAAUUUAAAAGAACUGAAACUGAAAGUCCUACUGAGGAAUUAUUUAAAAAAUUUACAAAGGGACAGUCAGUUCCUAAGAAUAAAAUCUCAGCAACACAUGAUUAUUUCAAAUAUUAAACAUGGUUUCAAGAAGCGGUUUCAAUAAAUAUCAUCAGUGUACUUUUACGUCAUUAUUAUAUGUCAACGAGCCUGUUAUUGCUUUUGAGCUAUAUUCUUAUUAUAAUUUUUUUGUAUGAAUUCGUUGUAUGCAUAUGUACAUAACAUUUAUUCUCAUUUUGACCCGUAAAAUAUUCUAGUAAAUUUUGAUCGUUCACCUUUUGGGACACUGUAUACAUACAUAUGUACGUGUACGUGUGUAUAUAUUUCAUUGCACACUUCUGUAUGGUUGAGUAGCCAGAACUUGAGAAUAUAUUCGGUCGGACAAUGUGAGUGCCUCUACACAUUUGCAGAGACUGUUGUUAAAGGAACACGUAUCGUUCUGUUUUUAUAUGGUGGAUCACGGUAACAUCAUCUUCGUUUCAUUAAUAUUCUACACGUUGUGUCAUUUCAUUUGAUAAGGUUCAUGUCGAAGGAGUGUCCAUUUGUGUACAAAUUGCACGUACGUGAAUACGUGUUCGAUAGAUAUAUUCGAAUCAUAGUGUCGGUAAACUAGAAUUUGUUGCAUAUAUACAUACAUACAUGUAUAUGCGAUACACAAUUGUCUAAUGUAUAAUGUCCAAAACGUCUCGAAACUGAUGUUACGGAUCUUACGAAGCCUCCAUAACGGAUCACGAAUCGAUAAAUAAUCAUGUGAAAUUUCAA